AUACUAUUGAAACUAGUGAAAAUAUGUGCCAUGUGCCUAUGUUGUACGUGUGUAAGACGAAGACAACAAAUGCAUGGGUAGCGGCUAUUAACAUUUUUAACUUUUUCGUCAGUAUCAGACCGGUGGUAUUAUGUUGUUGGCCUGUAGUUGUUGUUGUCGAUGUGUUGCAAUAAUAUUGUCGUAUAAUAUGUCCGAGAUACAAAAACUGCCCCGUUACCCCCGUGCCCCGUGACCCGCUUGCCAUCCCACGCCACGCGCGCCGGUUAGACAUCAUAACAAAGCAAGUUAAUUUUAGCCGUGCGCUGCCGAUGAAUAUUAAUAUAUUAUUAUUUUUAAAACUGCAUGUUGAGACAUGGACAAUUUGUAUCAAUAUAGCAUAGGCCUACCAAACAAUUCACGACUCACGCCAUUAUCUUCCCUGCAGUCAUUGUGCACGGACUACAGACUUAGGUACCUACUUAUAAUUCUAUGUUUAUUACUUUAUUAUUUGUGAGUAAUUAAAAGUGCACAGUGCAAGUGCAAGUGAGUAGUGGCAGUGCAAAAUAUUUUCGUAACAACAAAUAUUACUGUUUUUAAAUAUCAAAAUGAGAUCCACGAGAUCCAAAAAAAUGUUGGAUAUGGCAAAACCAGUGGGUUCCACGAAUCAAGGUAAGAUAAUACCCUCAAAAUAUUUAAAUUUAUUGAUGUGGGGUCUGUCCACUUGUAUGAAAAAUUGGCCGUCAUCACGUAACAUAAAUCGGUCACAGUUUUUAAGAACUUUAAUAAUUUAUUUAACUGUUUUAACUUUUGACAUAGAUAAUAUGAAGACAAAUGACAAGAAUAAUAAUUGGAACAACAGCAUACAAAUCAAUAACGAUGUUGAUUCGACAGUAAAAUUCAAAGUGAGAAAAUGUUUCGAAUCUCAAGAUAUGGAGACAGAAAAUAGUCAAUAUACAGAUUCUUCGUUGAAAACUUACGCCAAUUUAACAUCCGUUCCAGUACCUGGAAAUAUCACAUCUGACGUAUCAGUUGAAGAAGAUUCUGGUUCAUCUUAUAGGCCUAAAAAUAAUUAUAAAUCAAGUGAAUCCCAAUCUUCUGAUAAAACGUAUAAUUAUAUACUACCAGAGUCACCAGCUGAACUUAAAUCGGAUCAAUCAAUUGUCAACGAUGAAUCUUUAUCCGAACAUGAACAACCAUGUAGUCAAAUUGAAGCUACAAUGUCUUCACAGCAAGGUGAAAAGAAAGUAAUUAAGAAGAAAAACUAUAAUAUCUUAGCAACUGUAGAAGUUUCAAAAAAAUCUGGACUUCCUGGUAAACGGUUGUGGGACAAAAAAGAUUUGUGUAUUUUCUGUGAGGAGCAAGUGACAAACUUAACACGUCAUAUGCAAAGAAAACAUAGAGAGGAAAUCGAAGUAGCAAAAUUUUUAUCUCUUAAAAAAGGAUCAAAUGAAAGAAAAAAGUUGAUCGACCAAUUGCGCAAACGUGGUAAUUUUUUCAAUAAUAUCAGUGAUAUGCCAAAGAUGAAACCCGUUCGUAGACCAAAUCAAUUUGCUGAACAACCCCAAGCUACUGAUUAUUUACCAUGCCCGUUUUGUUACGGUCUAUACAAGAAGAAAUAUUUGCGUCGACAUACCACAGUUUGUUCUUUAAAGAAAAACAGCGCAGAAGGAACUCAACGUCGUAAAGUUCAAGCUGAAGCACAAUCGCUUCUUGUAGCAUUCGAAAGUGAAGACACAAAAUUAGUCGAGCAAGUUUUCCCAAGAAUGGCACCAGAUAACAUUUCGUUAAUUGUUAAAAAUGAUCCAUUGAUACGAGCAUUCGGAACACGAUACCUAAAGUGCCAUAAAGAAAAACACUUAAUUACAGUAGUUUCAAAUAAGAUGCGAGAACUUGGACGAUUUUUGAUAGCAAUGCGGCAAAAUUGUGAAAAAUCACUAACGUUACAAGAUUGUCUAACACCAAAUUUGUUCGACAAUAUAAUUAAGAGUACGAAGCAGAUAGCGGGGUACGAUUCAAAGACUGAUUUAUUUGGAGCUCCGUCGUUGGUUUUAAAAAUUGGUACUUCACUUAAACAAUGUUGCGAUAUCGCUGAGUAUAUGAUUUUAAAAAAAUCACCCUUGUUACGCCCCGUGGAAAACACAGAUAUUUCUAAUAUUAAAACCGUGGAAAAUUUAAUUCAAAAACAGUGGUCGUAUGAACUCGCAACAAAUGCUUCAAAAGAGUUAUACCAAAAAAAAUGGAAUAAACCCGCAUUAUUACCUCUUACAUCAGAUAUUAAAAUUUUUCGGGAUCAUUUGGUAUUAGAACAAAAAAAUGCUAUAAAAAAAUUAAAAAUAAAUCCUAUUGAUAUUGCGGCAUUUAAAUCUCUACAAGAAACAAUACUUACACAAUUAAUACUAUUAAAUCGUAAAAGAGCUGGCGAAGUUCAACGUAUAUUUUUGACAACCUAUUUAAAUUCUCCCAUUGAAGCUCCACAAGAAGAAAUCGCCUCAUCUUUAUCAAAGAUGGAAAAUGAACUGACGAAAAAAUUUAAACGUAUCGUUAUACGGGGAAAAAGAGGAAGGGGAGUACCCAUAUUAUUCACACCCAAACUACAGAAGGCAUUAUCAGUGUUGAUUUCAAUUCGAAAGACGGUGUGUAAUAAAAAUAACGAGUACCUUUUUGCCAUUCCUAACACUGAUAAUAGUUGUUUACGAGCCUCAGAAACCGUUCGAAAGUUGGCACUUGCUAGUGGUGCAAAAAAUCCAUCGGCGAUAACCUCGACAAAACUCAGAAAGCAAGUCGCCACAGUUGCUCAGCUACUCAAUUUCACGGAAGGAGACGUAGAACAAUUGGCGAAUUUCAUGGGGCAUUCCAAAGACGUACAUAAGACAUUUUAUCGGCUGCCAGAAAAUGUUUUUCAAGUGGCGAAAGUGAGUAAGUUUCUUCUCAUGAUGGAGAAAGGAGAUGCGGAACAUUAUAGAGGAAAAAAUCUAGAUGACAUUAACGUCGACGGAUUAGUGUCUGAUGAAAGCGAGGGCGAAUAUAGUGAUAUAAGCUGCUCAGAUGAACCAGAUAUACAACAACUUCCUGGGACUAAAGAAAGCUCAGAUGAACCAGAUAUCCAACAACUUCCUGGGACUAAAGAAAUACAAAUUCAAGAAAACAUUUAUAACUUUACCGAAACAGCACCAGAACAUGAACAAUCUACAGUUAAAAAAUUAAAAUUAACUAAAUUUAAAAAAACAAAAGAUAUUACAGCAAUGGAAAAACCUGUUGUCCUCCAAAAACGCCUCCCCAAAGUCGGAAAAAAAUCAAAAUUUAUACGCAUGACGUGGACUGAGGAACAAAAAGCCACUACAAAGAAGUACUUUCAAAAACACAUUUUAUUGAAAAAACCGCCUAAAAAAGAAGAGUGUGAUGAUUUCCUCGUUAAAAACCAAAUGCUUAUGUCAGGUUUUCCGUGGCGGAAAGUGAAAACAUUUGUAUAUAACCUUUACAAAGAUUUGUAAUAUUUAUGUAUUUAUAAUAUAUCGCUUUUAUUAAUUAUUUUAAAGAAAAAAAAGAUUAUGAAAAGUGAAUUUUUAUGUUACUUAUUUAUGUUUAAAGCUGUUUUUUACUGAAUAUAUCGUUAAUACAACCAUAUACAUUAUUCAAUUGUUAAAUAAUAAUAAUAAUAAAAAAUAAAUAAAUAAAAAUGUAUCCCUUGUCAAAGUGUCAGCUCUUA